AACAACAGUCACGUCACGGGGACUCAAGACAGGAGAGUUUUGUUGGAAGUUAGAAAGUUUUGCAGCCUCCAGAGGGCUGUAGCAGCAGCAGCAGCAGCAAGCGAGCAAGCAGUAGCAACAGGCAGGAGGAGCAGCCAGCAAGUUAGCAAAGCAAAGCAAGCAAGCAUCCAAGGAAGGAGGAGGCAAGGAAGGAAGGAAAGGGGAAGGAGAAGAAGGAGAAAAGGCCAGAGAGAAGUGACUCUAAGCCUUGCUGCAAAAGAAUAAAUAAAGGAACCAGGGAAGCCGGAGAAGGAGAGGGCAAGGGGCGCUUGCAAGGAAGGCGCGGUGCAGGCAGCGCAGGGGAGCCAUGGAGCAUCAGCUGCUCUGCUGCGAAGUGGAGACCAUCCGGAGAGCCUACCAAGAUGCCAACCUCCUCAACGACCGGGUCUUGCAGACGAUGCUCAAGGCCGAGGAGACCUGCUCGCCCUCCGUCUCCUACUUCAAGUGCGUCCAGAAGGAGAUCUUACCAUAUAUGAGGAAAAUCGUGGCCACUUGGAUGCUGGAGGUUUGUGAGGAGCAGAAGUGCGAAGAGGAAGUUUUCCCCUUAGCUAUGAAUUAUUUGGACCGAUACCUUUCCUUUGAACCCCUUAAGAAAAGCCGCUUGCAACUGCUGGGAGCUACCUGCAUGUUCGUGGCCUCAAAAAUGAAGGAAACCAUUCCUCUAACUGCAGAAAAACUGUGUAUUUACACUGAUAACUCCAUUAGACCCAACGAAUUACUGCAAAUGGAGCUGCUUCUGGUGAAUAAGCUGAAAUGGAAUCUGGCUGCCAUGACCCCACAUGAUUUUAUUGAACAUUUUCUAAAUAAAAUGCCUGUGGCUGAGGACAGCAAGCAGAUCAUCCGUAAACACGCCCAGACUUUUGUGGCUCUAUGUGCUACAGAUGUUAAGUUUAUUUCGAAUCCACCUUCCAUGAUUGCAGCUGGUAGUGUGGUAGCAGCAGUGCAAGGUCUUCAUCUUGGGAACACUAACACAUUUCUCUCUUACCAAUGCCUCACACAUUUCCUAUCAAAAGUUAUCAAAUGUGACCCGGAUUGUUUACGAGCCUGCCAAGAACAGAUCGAAUCCCUCCUUGAAUCUAGUCUACGCCAAGCACAACAACACAACAUAUCUUCAGAAACAAAGACUGUUGAAGAUGAAGCUGAUCUUUCCUGCACACCCACUGAUGUUAGAGAUGUGAAUAUUUAAGGAGGACUUCAGAUUUGCUUGCCAGUACCAGCAAACAGUGAAAGGGCAUCUGAGAAGGAAUUGGAAUCAAGAUCUUCUCCCCCAAGAAACCUUUUCUCCAUGACUCUUUGUACCAGAAGGGAAAAUGUCAUUCAUUCUUUUCUUCGCUAUUCCUUCCUUCCCUUUGUGACUUUAACAAGGCAACCCACACCCCCUUCCCCCAACUGUCUUAAAAAAAGAAAAAAAAUAAUAUUUGCAUGAUUUCCAGGGGUUCGCACUACAAAAAUAGACUUUGUACAACAGUAAUCAACUAGAAUAUUUUUUUUUGGGGGGGGGGUUAUAUUAAAAGUGUUUUUGUCUGUAUGUUGUAAGAAUAGGCAUUAACACAGAUGAAUACAUACACACACACAUAAACACACAAUCUCUCCAGGGGAGUUAAUAGAUUUGAUUCUUGCAUUUUAAAAAAGCCAACCAUUUUUAAAGUAGAAGAGGGUUUUGUUUUUGUUUUGUUUUUUAGGUAGAUUAUAUGUGUUUUGGGUGUGUGUGCUUUUUUCCUUUUAAAAGUAUAGCUUUAAUGCAGUUCUAGGCUUUUCUGUAUCUUGCUUGCUUAUGCAUUUAGUCACUUUAUAAGUCAUCUGUAAAUGUUUAUUUUAUCCCCUUUAGGUUGUUAUCCUCUUCACCUUAUAAAUGGUCAAUGUAACCUUUACGUUAGUAUAUGUUAGUAUACAGCAUUAUUAUAUGUUAAUCUCCUGUGCCUGUGGAUUGCCUGUGCAUAAGGCUUCUAGGGUUCCACCAUAGUGUGGCAAAGAAAAGGUCCAACAUACAGUUCCAAUGGUAAAGAGAAAUUGCAAUAGUGACAUAAUAUAUUUGUGUAACCUUCCUAUUUUUCUAGUUACCUGUGUAUACAAAAACUGCUAGUUUUUACCCAAAAGAUACACCGCCUAAUUAUGUCCAGGUUGAAUCCACAGCUUAUCUUUUUUUAAAAAAAAUUGUUUUAAAACCAUUCCAUUUCAAAGCACUUUCAGUUCAUUAGGUAUAGGAAAUACUUCCUUUUUUUGUGUGUGGGAAUUUUUUUUCUUCAAAUGGAAUGGUUUGGAAAUCAUAUAUAUAUAUAAAUAUAUAAAUAUAUAUAUAAAGUGCUUGUGUGCAAACUUGGAAUUGCAAAGCAAGUGCAUUUAACUAUGGUGUUGAGGAAAGGCGUGUUUCGUUUUUUUCUGAAGGUUGUGUUCCAGUCAGAGAAAUUGCAUUCACAAAAUUGCCAGGAUAUCUUCCUAACCUUUUCAGUAGAAAAUAUAUUUAGAAAUCUUUUGGUGCCAAUUCAUAUUUUUAAAUAGAAAUUUAGGGGCCUGAAAGGUUUACCUAUAGGACACACAUUUUGAGAAUUGUCUCUAGAUGUUGUACAACUGAAGGCUUUUAAACACUAAAAUAUAUAAUUUAUAGUUAAGGCUAAAAAGAAUAUUUAUUGCAGAGGAUUUCAGAAGGCCAGUAUAAUUUGUAAAAUGACUCGCCCCCCUUGAUUCUGAGAAAACAAAAAAGAUCUUUCUGCCCUUGAUGUUGCAGUUUUAACUCCUCUUACUUACGAAGCAAGAACUUGUCAAAAUAGUACCACAUUUGGCCCAGAUACAUUUCCAGUAUAACAUUAAGAAAGCGCCAUAGUUAAAAGUGUAGAAUUGGUGUACUUGAAAAAAAGUUCUUAAUCCAGUAUAUUUCCCUCUUUUUGUUUAAUUUAGCUACAAAUAGAAAAUUUGCACAUCUUGGCUAUGUAUCUUUUUAUUAUUGUAGAAAGUAGCUGAAGGGACUUGGACAUAGCUGUUGAAGUUGAUGCUUGAGGAGAAUGUGAUGGCAAAAUGUAUGUGAGAAACUGCCGCUAAGGUGUUGAUUGUAAAAAAAAAACAAAAAAAGUUUUAAAAUGGAAAAAAAAGGAGCGGAGGCUCCCAUUUUUUUUUAUUGAGCUGCUAUGGAUAAAUUCCCAGCAUGAGUUGAAAAAAAUUAACAUUGCUUUUCUGUAUCUUUGUCAUUGUGUUUUGCUGCUAUUUUGUGGUCAUUUUUUUUUUUGUUUAUACAAUGUCAUAUACUGCCAUGUUAUAGGUUUUAAAUUUUCUCAUAGAAAAUUAUAUUAUUGACAUCUUUUUUUUGGGUAGAUUUUUUUUAUGUGAUCAAUUUUACUUAAUGUGAUUACUGCUCUAUUCCAAAAAGGUUCCUGUUCCACAAUACCUCAUACUUCAGUUAACCGUGUUUAGAUCAGGUUUUAAUGUUUGUUCACAAUGCCUCAUAGUUCUACUGCAAACUGAAAUGCAUUGGACGUUAUUCUGAAUGGGUCUCGCGAUUUGCAACUAGUUUGUGCUAAUUUUUUAAAAAACAGCAGACAUUUCAGAAGAUUGAGUAAUGUCAGGUUCUUUUGUUUUGUGUUUUUAUAAAGCAGAUACUUUUUCUGAUCUGGGGUUUAUUAUCAUAGUAGUUUUAAGCUGUGUUAUUAGCCACAUUUGAUAUAUGAAAGGUGCAUUAUAAUAUAACUCUUAUAUGCCCUUUGAUGUUUUCCAUCAACAGGGAAUCAUCAUGCGGUAUGAUAGGUUAUCUUCUGGAAUUUAAAUAUUUUGUGUGUUUAAUCUGUUAUGAUAUAUUAGGUUUUUUUUGUUGAUGUUAAUUAUAGCAUAAUGCUAAUUUAAAAAAGCAACAGCCUGUAAAUCUCAUAAGUAAGCCAGCUAACAGAGUUGUACGGUGAAGAAUAAUCUAGUUGCCUGUAUGCUGCUAAACCAAAACAGAAUUAGAACUUCAUUUUGAGGGCAAAUGCAGUUAAGAUCCUACCUAAAGCUUAUUCAAAUGGAAAAGACAACAGCCUUGUAAUACUACUAUAGCAGUCGCAGGACCCAGGAGGACUGAAUACAUUCUGUCCAAAUUUCAGGAACAUUUCUUACUGCUUACCUCAUAGACACUUCUGUUUGUGGCAUCUCUGUGUCUCUGAACCAAACAAGAUUGUUGAGUUAGUGGUUGUUGGUUAUAUUAGGUGUUUCACUGAGAAACAGCAGCGUGUACUGCAAAUUUUAAGUAUUGUACGUACGAAAAAAGGCCAAAUGCUGAUAAGCAGGUUCACGUGCCAACAGAGAUGCUUUAUUUGUCACAUUGUUAUAACGAUCUAUAGAAAGCAAAGCAAUUCAGAUUUGUACUUUUUUAUAUAUAUAUUGUACUUAUUGGCAUCACUGGUCUGAAAUGCACAUUGUCACGAACAGACCUGUAACAGAUAAGUUUCCAGCAAAAGAAAAAAAACUCCCCUAAAAGUCUAGAAAUAAAUUUGUAAAACCCAA